AUGAAACAAUCAGCUUUUAAGAAGUAGUUUUCGCAAAAUCACUUACAACUACUCUUUAUUAACUUUACUUUACUUUGCAUUACUCUCAACACUUCUUUGGUCUCUGGCAUUGAUGCCUCUGAUCCACUAUUCAAACCAAUUUGGAAAAACCAAAAACUAUAUCCAUAAGUGGAAACAGUGUAAAAUAAAGACUUUAAUUUAUUGUCAUCUCAUCCAGAGUUAAAAGCUACUGAAGAGUUAUAAUUCUUAGACUAUGUGAUUGCUGCUUUAAAUGGAUUAAAUUCAGACAAGUUUGUGCCUAAUUCCAAGGCGUGCGCUAAAAAUGCUAGGAAUUUUACCAUUGAUGCUGAGAGAUUCAAAACUAAAUAUGAAUCAACAACAAAUAGAGAUAGAGAAGCAUACGAGUAGAUUGUAUUUAAUGCCACAGCUGCUGUGAGUGGUUAUCUUCCUGAUGCCAUCUACUAUUGCUAUUUUAUUCCAGAUGUCUCAUUCUAAAACUGGAAAUUGCACUACCAAGAGUUUGAAAACUUACAAGACUUCGAAGGAGCAUUUAUGCAGAACAUUGCGGGUAACAUUCUCACUUUUAUUGACAUCUAUGAUAAGGCUUUGACAGCUUAGCAGAACGGAGAUUUUCUCAUGAUGAUUGAGUAGCUUGCAAGAUUUGUGAGAAGACUCCUAGACUUCAAGUCAAUGCAGAGAGAGACUCUAAUAAAUGAUCUUAGUUAAAUGUCUCGCUUCAUCAGGCUUUUGGCUUCUACGGAUACUAUCACUCCAAAUAAUCUGAUUGGUUUAGCAACUGCUACAAACAUCACUAAUAGAACAGACCCACUUUCAAGAUUUAUCAGUGUAAUGACAGGUUUUGUAGAUGGUUCGUUUUAGGCUAAAAAUACUUCUCUUUGCAGAAAAAACUUAUUAAAGGUGUCUAACUUAUUAAAUAACUUGACUACCGCAGUUCAGAAAACUGAUGAAAACAAUACAGUCUACUAUUCCACCAGACUGCUGAAAUACAUGCAUCCUUCUCUCUUUCAUUGCUACUAUGCAGAGAAGGAAGCUGAAAAUACUUUGAACUAGUACUUAGAAAUUAAUAGUGGAGAAGACAUAUCCUACAAUGCUCUAUAUAAGACUGGCUAAAUGGUCAAUUAAGUCAAAAUUAUGGCUAAAAUGAUUGAUCUAGGCCAGUAUACUGACCGCUAACUCUAUGUAAUUGCUCGGGCUGCUGGAACGAUCGUAAAUCUUGUGCUUUCUCCUUAUAAUCCUCGUAUACAAUAUUGA